AGCGGCCGCCGCGCCUAGGGCGCCCAAAGGGUGGGUUUUCAAAUUAAAUAAAAUCCUCUCUGCCUCCACCUCUUCCCCCUUCCCUGUAACUGUGUACAUAAAACAAAAACCCACAGCCUCUGCAAGAUUUUUAUUUUUCUUCUUUCCUUCCGGCAUGUGCAGCAGAGAGAAGCGGGUGGUGAUCGAAAUCUCGUCUUCCUCCGAUGAAGAAACCAACAAGAAUAGGAGAGAAGCGGAGGAGAGGAGGAGGUAUUCGGAUGUGGAGGUGAAGACAGGGGAGGAGAAGUGGAGGGAAGAGGAGGACUGCUGCAUUCUUCCCUUCGACCCCUUCGCCGCCGAUCGCAAACAGAAGCUUUCGCUCCCCGCCCUGCAGCACCAGCUCGAUGACCUCUCCGUCGUCGCCGAACGAGGCCAGGUUGCUUGCAGAGAUUAUCCCCAUUCGCGGCAUCUGUGUGCUGAAUAUCCCUUUAGCAAGACAACCCAUGAAAGCUGCUGUUUUAAGUGUUAUUGCUAUGUAUGUGAUAAAGCUGCUCCCUGCAAGUUUUGGAAGGGGCCAAAUGGACACUGCCAUGCAUCUGAUCGAGAUAAGUCAUGGAAAGAAAUGAGGAAAUUUAACCGACCAAUUAAGCCACGCAAGGUCAAAACUCAUUUCUAGUUUCCAAGUUUGUAAUCAACUUCAUUAAGUUGCAGCACAGGAGAAAGGGACAUUUUCUUUUUAAAUUAUGCGGCCAUACUUUUGGUUUCAAAGGAUUUUUGUAAGAGCUUUCUGGGGGAUAAUUAUAGCUGGUUUGACCUGUUUUUUGAUGGUUCCACCGCACUUGGGCUUCGCAUGUGCUACUUUAGCCGAGGCGUAUGGGUCAUGAAGUGCAUUGGAUCCUUGUAGAGUUGAUAUGAAGAACAAGUUUUUUUAUUAUUAUUUAUUUUUGAAACAUAUAUAGAGUAGUAUGAAGAACAAGUUGAACAAA